GUUAAUAGAGAAAUUCAAGUUAGGCAGAAAGCGUGUGAUCAACGAUCGCCAAGCUGUAAUUGUGGUGUCGCCAUCAAAGAAAACUUGUUUUACAAAAUUUACGACAUGUGUUACGAUACACCAAGUCGUCAAUGGUGGCGAAGCAAAAUUACAUCACGUCUCCUAGCCUAUCAAUUUCGUGAUGUUAAACUCAGCAGGUUUUAUUCCAAUGUAACCCCCCUUGGCAGUUCGAAUCACUACGAGGUAACAUUGCCAUCAGGUGUCCGAGUAGCUGUCAAUCGUGGUUUGCGUGGGUUAAAUAUUAUGGUCACUGCUCCGGUGGACCCCGAACAUCCAUGUGAUGGACUUUGUGGUAAUAACAAUGGGAACCCGGACGACGAGUUUGGCAAGUGGAAUACCCCGAACGAAUUUGGAGAGCAUUGGAGAAUUCGUACCCGUUUGACGCUGUUUGACUACAAGGGCAACGCAUACGGAGAAGCACAUAUCGACGAUGGAUGUGAUCAACAGAUCUGUGUAUGUUCACGUGGUAGUAUAAGAUCACGUUGUGGCAAUGAUGCUGAAAGAGUUUGUUUUCCAACGCUGCGUUCUGAGUCUAACUCUAGGAAAGAUCACAAAGGCUCUGGAAUUGGUGAGUGCAAAAGUCCUCGUGCCAAACGUGGUUUGAUACCAGAUGACGAUACAGUUGAUGAUCAGGAUCUAAUUCCACCGUUUAACCCAGCGGUUAAGAGUGUUAAUGUUACAUUAACAUGGCCGACACCUUCGGGAAUUACUAAAGAAAAUGUUACGCAGUUCUGCAGAAAGAAAAUUCGUUAUUCUGAAGCCGGCGAAGCGUGCAGUCAGUUACCUGAUGUGGAUGUCGAUAAUAUAGUAACGCAGUGUAUAAGUGAUAUCCAGGCAACUGAGGACUUUUCCUGGGCAACAGCUAACUUUGCAGCGUUGGAGACGUCUUGUAUUGCGAGCGUUCUUAAUAAUAUCUCAUCGUAUAAAAACACGACAGAUGGAAGUAUAGAACUUAACACCGAUGUCCUAAUGUCACUCUGCCCUAACGAUUGCUCCGAUAAUGGAAUUUGCGCAAACUCUACGUGCAUUUGCCACGAGGACUACACCUCUGCCGAUUGUUCGAUAUCGCUAAACGCAAGUCCACUUGUUUAUGAUAUUCGAAAAUCCGGAUUAUGUGAUAGAAGACGACGGCCAUGUCGUAAUGCGGGGAUUUUCGCCUUUCCAUUACUUGACUCUGAAAACCUUACUUGUCAUAUACAGGAGUAUAAGGUUAUUACGUCAAUGUGGACCCCUGAUGAGUCCAUUUCACUUUAUCCGGGUCUUCUGGUAGAUCUAACUGAAGUUAAAUGCUUCCUUCCCGAGUCCCCUGUAAAUGUGGGAGACUAUGGCAACGAAGGUGUCACUGCAGCUGGAUUGAAAAUUGGGGUUUCCAAUAAUCGUAUAAACGUCUCUGAACAAUCUGUUUCAUUUAUCACGUACGACUCUGUAUGCCAGGAAUGCAAUACAACCACUGGAUGUAAACUCAGGACGGACGCCUGUUUGAUAUCUGGUCAUUGUUUUGCUAAAAACGACAGUAAUCCAAGUGACUGGUGCCAACAAUGCAUUCCGGAGUUGUCACAAAAUUCGUGGAAGAAACGCGAAGACAACGGUCGGCCAAUCUUCACAACGUUGCGAACAUUUUACAAAUUUAGAGGAAAGGAACUCCGUGUUCAAUUAAACGCGAAAGAUCCAGAAAAUCGAACAGUGUCAUUCAGCUUUGUAAGCAAAGAAACGUUUCAAGCAUCUUUGACUAAAAAUGGAUUAUUUUCUUGGUCUAAGGACACAAAGGACUCCACAGUAUUCAGAUUCAAUGUGACAGACGAAUGUGGCGCGUACUCUAUCCUCAAUGUUUCGGUCAUUAUAAAAGAAUGUCCUUGUAAAAAUUCAGGAGAAUGUAAACCUGACUAUCGUUUUCUUGAUGGAGCUGGAAAGUUCAGGUGUUCAUGUCCUGCUGAAUACACGGGCAAUCUGUGCGAGAUCGAUGUCAAUGAAUGCGUUGUGUCUCAACCUUGUUCUAAUGGAAGAUGUAUCAACGAGCAGCCUGGAUUUUCCUGCUCCUGUUUUGCCGGAUAUACUGGUGAUCUUUGCCAAAAUGAGCUGAAUGAAUGUGCGUCGAAUCCUUGUUUUCUUGGUGUAUCGUGCACAGAUAUGAUAGCCGCCUUCAAAUGUGGACCCUGUCCCAGUGGAUAUACAGGAAGUGGAGAAUUCUGCACGAAAGUGAACGGAGAAAUCGAUCCAUGUGUUAAAAAUCCAGAAAUAUGUCACCAAGACGCAAAUUGUGUGAACAAGAAUGGUUCAUUCGCAUGUCAAUGUAGGCAUGGGUUCACUGGAGAUGGGAAUAAAAAUUGCACAGAUGUAAAUGAGUGCAAAGAAUUCGAAACACCGAAUAUUUGUCAUCCUAAUUCUCAAUGUUCCAAUACUGCUGGAAGUUUUUCCUGUAAAUGCAUUCCAGGGUAUAAAGAAGAUGGUCAACGGAACUGCUCAGAUAUCAACGAAUGCGUGGAGACUCCAAAUAUUUGUGAUCAUAAUGCAAAUUGUACUAAUAAUGUUGGAAGUUACUCGUGUGAAUGCUUAAGAGGCUUUACUGGGGACGGUCAAAGUAACUGUUCAGAUAUAGACGAAUGUAUUCAAUCACCCUUUGUAUGUCAUGAGAACGGUGUAUGCACCAAUAAGAUUGGAUCGUAUGCUUGUCAUUGCGAUAAUGGAUUCUUCGGCGAUGGAAAAAUCAAUUGUACUGAAAAUAAAUUCCCUGUGAUAACAACUCCACGUUUGGUCUAUGGGAUCUUGAAUACGGACUUCAAGAUUCAGAUCGAAGCACAGGAUCCCGAGGGCGAGGAUAUCUCUUUUGUUUUAACGCUAAACUUCACUACAGCUAAUGCUCAAAUCACUGAAUUAGGGUUGCUAACAAUAUUCCGUCUUAAUAACAAUGUGACCGUUCAUAUACGAGUUGAAGAUAAAAAGGGUGGCCGGAAUUUCUUUAUUCUAGAAAUUAUAGGAAUGGCAUGCCCAUGUGAGAACAAUGGUAAAUGUUACAUAAGGCCGCAUAUCACUUACCCAGUUAAGAAAUCUGACUAUAUUUGUCAUUGUGAGGAACCAUAUACAGGUAGACAAUGCGAAAGCCGUCCAAAUCCUUGCGGGGAACAGCCCUGUUUUCCAGGGCUCAAAUGUUCAUCUGCAUUGAAUUCUGAGGGAUUUACUUGUGAAAAGUGUCCACCACUAUUUGAAGGAGAUGGGAAAUCGUGUGAACUGAAAAUUAUAAAAGGUGGAGAAAAUAUAUACGUGGAGUCUAGGAUGACUUUGAAAAAUUUAAAAUGGAGUGAAGAAUUAACCAUCAAUACAACUAAAGUGUACAGGAAACUUGUUUCGCAAUUAACAACAGAGAUUAGAAAAGUUUACAUCAAAGUUCCCGAGUUCGCCUAUUUCAUUGUCAAAAAAAUGAGCCCAGGAAGCGUAGUCGUUGAUUUCCAGCUGAUAUUUUCUGGAAAAGUAAAAGCUCCUCUUGAACCAUUACUUAAAGAAGCAGAAACUGGUCAAUUAGGCAAUAUGACAUUUGAGAUGAAUGCUAAUGAAUCUGACGCAGACGACGACAAAGAUGGCUCGACUAACAGAAGGACUCUCGUCACUGUCAUUAUCGUAGUGAUUGUGGCUCUUGUUGUCAUAAUCGUCCUUGUUGUCUUGUUUCGUGUCAGACGACAGAGAAUGAACAAAGAAAACAAACAGAGAAACGAUGCAAAAGCCAAAGGAGCCGACAGCGAAGUAGAAGGAAUUGCGCAAGGAGAAGAAGUACCUUUGAAGUUAUUUGGCGAUGAGGCUGGGGCAUAGACGAAGAGUAAUAUGCCGAACUUUGAAUUUAGGUUCAGAUUUUAUGAGCCAUUUUUAAUCUAUGACACUGGAAAACGUAAUCAUUGCAUGUAACUUAAUCUGUUUUUGCGCACUUACUGUAAGCACAUGUAUUCUGGUAUAUAUCUUUUGUAUGAGCACAUAUAUUUAAAAUACACUAAAGGGCCAAAUAAUAUAUGCAACAAUAUACAUUAUAUUAUACCCUUAAUUCAGACUUUGAAAAUGAUGGCCGUCGACCAAUGCAGGCUAGGGUCGAUGGCCGUCGACCAAUGCAGGCUAGGGUUUUAAUCAUCACAGCUGAUUGCAGAAAUUAAUUACAUUAAAGAAAAUGCAAUUGGUUUCAUCCAAUGAAAAUGCAGUUGAUUUUAAUUAUAUGUUCAUUAC